AUGGAGAAAUACAGGAAUGAACAUAAGUUUCUAUUUCAAGUAAUUAGCAUCUUCAGAUUAGUUCAGGGUAUUGCUGAAUGUGGCUGUUUGGAAGAGGCUUGGAGUACCCAUAAUACAGUGAGCCCACCUUCCUGGUCCCCAGACAUUUCAGAAGGUCGGGAAAUUUUUAAACCCAGGCAACUUCCUGGCAGUGCCAUUUGGAGCAUCAAAGUGGGCCGUGGGUCUGGAUUUCCAGGAAAGCGGAGACCUCGAGGUGCAGGACUGUCGGGGCGAGGUGGCCGAGGCAGGUCAAAGCUGAAAAGUGGAAUCGGAGCUGUUGUAUUGCCUGGGGUGUCUACUGCAGAUAUUUCAUCAAAUAAGGAUGAUGAAGAAAACUCUAUGCACACUACGGUUGUGUUGUUUUCCAGCAGUGACAAAUUCACUUUGAAUCAGGAUAUGUGUGUAGUUUGUGGCAGUUUUGGCCAAGGAGCAGAAGGAAGAUUACUUGCCUGUUCUCAGUGUGGUCAGUGUUACCAUCCAUACUGUGUCAGUAUUAAGAUCACUAAAGUGGUUCUUAGCAAAGGUUGGAGGUGUCUUGAGUGCACUGUGUGUGAGGCCUGUGGGAAGGCAACUGACCCAGGAAGACUCUUGCUAUGGAUGCAUGCAGUUCGUCAGAACUUAAAUACUGAGGAAGAAGUGGAAAAUGUAGCAGACAUUGGUUUUGAUUGUAACAUGUGCAGACCCUAUAUGCCUGCGUCUAAUGUGCCUUCCUCAGACUGCUGUGGAUCUUCACUUGUAGCACAAAUUGUCACAAAAGUAAAAGAGCUAGACCCACCCAAGACUUAUACCCAGGAUGGUGUGUGUUUGACUGAAUCAGGGAUGACUCAGUUACAGAGCCUCACAGUUGCAGUUCCAAGAAGAAAACUGUCAAAACCAAAACUGAAAUUAAAGAUUAUAAAUCAGAAUAGCGUGGCCAUCCUUCAGACCCCUCCAGACAUCCAAUCAGAACAUUCAAGGGAUGGUGAUACGGAUGAUAGUCGAGAAGGAGAACUUAUGGAUUGUGAUGGAAAAUCAGAAUCUAGUCCUGAGCGGGAAGCUGUGGAUGAUGAAACUAAGGGAGUGGAAGGAACAGAUGGUGUCAAAAAGAGAAAAAGGAAACCAUACAGACCAGGUAUUGGUGGAUUUAUGGUGCGGCAAAGAAGUCGAACUGGGCAAGGGAAAACCAAAAGAUCUGUGAUCAGAAAAGAUUCCUCAGGCUCUGUUUCUGAGCAGUUACCUUGCAGAGAUGAUGGUAUAGGGUUCGGGCCGCGGGCCCCUCCCCUCGCCCAGGCACACCUUGCAGAGGAGGGGGCGGCGGGGACAGGACCCGGGUCUGUGCCUGCGCACACCCUCGCGGGCCAACCCCACCCCCCCGCCGGGUACCUGUCACGGCUACUGCCGCGGCGCGCGCCCGCCAGGUUAAGCCAGAUGGCGGGAGGAGGGGUGCGGGACACGGGGUGCGGGGAGGGUGGCACGGCGCGCGCGUGCGCAGGAGUCGCCGAGCAAGAACUGGUAGUGCGCGCGCUCGCCGCUCGCUCGCGUCCCGGAGGCGGAGUCUGCGGCAGCGGGAGGAGCAGGGGCGCGCGUAUGCUAGUCACGUGGGCGCUGGGGCGGGGCCGGGGCGGGGCCGGUGCGGCCGUUCAAGGCAGGGGGCGGGGCCGGCGCGGCCGUUCAAGGCAGGGGGCGGGGCGUCUCCGAGCGGCGGGGCCAAGGGAGGGCGCAACAGCUGCUACCUCAACACUUUCUGACCCAACGGUCACCCAGCGCCGGACUCGCUGUGCCCCGGCGGCUCUAGGGACCCCUGGCGCCUACACUUAG